UACUUCUUUAGUCAUUUAUAUUACGUUAAUUACAGCAUAAUGGUAGCCCAACACCCAACCUUUUUCCUGGCAAUCAUUUCACACUUCUUCGUGAAAUCAUUUAAUAAUUGUACCAAUAAUUAAUGUUCAGAAUAAUCAUUUUUACUUUUAAUAAAGUGAUAAUGUGCCAUAUGUAACGAGAAUGUCAAAUGAUUAAUUUGCGGCUAAACCGACCGUAUUGUUGUUGAAAUUGUUUUAUUACUUUUUUGUGAAGAGUGGAUGUGUAGGAUAUAGACGGUAUAAAAUAGAAAUUGAAAUUUAAAAUUGACUUAAAAUUAUUAUGAUGUCUGGAAUUAGUAAAGAAAUUUUACAUGGAACCAAAAGGUGGACUUUUGCCCAAUAUUCAAAUAAAUUUGGCAAAAUUUUAAAUGCCACUUUUUCCUCAACUAAGCAGAGUAACCAGAGUGAGGAAUUCGAUGUUGUGGUGGUCGGCGGCGGCAUCGUAGGCGCCGCCUCAGCUCGUGAAAUCCUUCUUCGGCACAAAAGCCUCCGCAUGGCAAUUGUCGAAAAAGAGCCCAAAUUAGCAGUCCACCAAAGCGGCCACAACAGUGGAGUAAUCCAUGCUGGAAUCUACUACAAACCCGGAUCACUCAAAGCGAAACUUUGCGUAGAAGGCUUGCAUUUGGCCUAUAAAUACUGUGAUGAGAAAAAAAUACCUUACAAAAAAGUUGGGAAGCUCAUCGUCGCAACGAAUUCUUUAGAACAGCAACGUUUAGCUGAUUUACACGACCGAGGCCUCCAAAAUAAAGUUCCUGAUCUUAAAGUAUUGAAAGGAGUUGAGGAAAUUAAGAAGAUUGAACCUUAUUGUCAAGGAGUUGAGGCUUUGUGGUCGCCUCAUACAGGGAUUGUCGAUUGGGGUUUGGUUACUGAGUAUUACGGUAAGGACUUCAAAGACAGUGGAGGCGACAUUUUUUUCAAUUUUGAGGUCAACGGUUUUAAGGAAUCGUCAAGUGGUUCAUAUCCUGUCAAUAUCACUGCCAAAAAUGGAAAAUCACUGAAUGCUAAAUACGUGUUAACAUGUGGGGGUUUAUACUCCGAUAAGUUAUCCGAGUUGUCUGGGUGCCCCCGUGACCCUAAGAUUGUCCCAAUCCGUGGGGAAUACCUCCUCCUAAAUCCCAAAAAGUGUCACAUGGUGAAAGGGAACAUCUACCCAGUCCCUGAUCCCAGAUUCCCUUUUCUUGGUGUUCAUUACACUCCCAGAAUGGAUGGUAGUGUUUGGCUGGGUCCAAAUGCUGUUCCAGCCUUUAGGAAAGAAGGUUACACGUGGUUUGACAUCAAUGUGAAAGAACUAGUUGAUGCAUUUUCUUAUCGUGGAUUCCAGAAGCUGAUUUUUAGAAAUGUGGGAUAUGGUGUGCAAGAGGUAAUGAAGUCGGCUUUCAGUCGUUUGCAAUUGAAGGAUUUACAAAAGUAUAUACCGGAAGUUACCGCUGAAGAUAUCAAACGCGGACCAGCGGGUGUGAGGGCACAGGCUUUAGAUAUUAAUGGGAAUUUAGUCGAUGAUUUCGUUUUUGAUUUGGGGAAAGAAGGAGUCGGGAAGAGGAUUCUUCACUGUAGAAAUGCCCCAAGUCCGGGAGCCACCAGUUCUUUAGCUAUUGCCAAAAUGGUAGCUGAUAGGCUCGAAAAAGAGUUUGAGUUGAAGAAAUAACUACUAACCACAAUAAAGCAUAAAUAGUU